AUGGUAGUUUCUUGGCUGCGUAACUCCGUCAAUUUCAAAAUUAGCGCGAGCAUCAUGUAUAUUGAUGACGCGCAUCUGAUCUGGAAUGAUCUUAGAGAUCGCUUUUCUCAAGGAAAUAUGGCUCGUGUUUGCCAGCUGAAACAACAACUUCGUAAUAUGAGGCAGGAAUCUGAAGAUAUUAGAUCUCAAAUCAUCUCUAUGAUUCCUUUUUCUUCACUAUCACGGAUUUUUGCUAUGGUGCUUCAAGAAGAACGCCAAAGAUCUAUUGAAUUUGUGCCUCAACCACCACAAAUCAACACAGAAAAUUCUGGUUCUAUGAUAAAUGUUAUGGGUUAUGCUAGAGGCAGAAAUGCAAAAGGAAUAUUUCUUUGCACCAAAUGUGGAAAAACUAACCACAUUGUUGAUAAAUGUUUUGAGAUAAUAGGUUAUCCCCCUGGUUAUGGCAGAGGUCGGGGUAAAACACAAUUAGAUAGUGGCAGAUCUGUGAAUCAAGUCAGUGGAGCUGAGUCUGGAAAUUUGUCUAAGGCUAGUGGAAUUAUGACAACCGUAGAUAUGGCUCAGAGCUCUAAUGAUUAUGCACCUACAAAUACUUCUCCACCAUUCAGUGGUACUGUCUCCUUAGCACCUCUCAUAUGUUCUAUUUUUUCUUCUACUUUAUGGCUCCUAGAUACAGGAGCUACUCAUGAUGUUUGCAAUAAUCCAUCUCUAUUCACAAACAACUCUAAUAAUUCCAAUGCUCAUGUUAAUCUUCCCAAUGGAACCAUUACUCUCACACCUAAUCUGCAAUUAGAUUAUGUCCUUUGUGUUCCCACAUUCUCUUACAAUCUCAUCUCGGAAGCUUCUCAGGGGACUGUGAUUGGGAAGGGUAGCAAGGUUGGAAACCUAUAUGUGCUACAGACUGAUCCAGCCACAUUCACCAAAGUCACAUUCCCUAACAUUUCUGCUUCAGCAGGACCUUACUCUUCUUCCACUGUUGAUGGUUAUACCUACUUCUUUACCAUUGUUGAUGAUUACUCUAGGGUUCCUUCAUCUGUUCUUCCUGACAAUGCUACUCCCUUCCAAAUGCUGUUCAGGAAGCCACCCUCUUAUACUCAUCUGAGAGUGUUUGGUUGUCUAUGCAACAUGUCAACUCUAGAUAGACACAGAUCAAAAUUCUCACCUAGGGUUGUCAAGUGUGUUUUCUUGGGGUAUCCUUCUGGAUACAAGGGAUAUAAGACUCCUUCCCAGAUUCCUGAACCUCAAUUCACCUUCCCAGUAGACACUUCCAUUCCCAAUAACAUUUUUAGUCAAGCUCAACCUCAAUCAGCAAGUACACUUCCUAAUACAAAUGAGGCAGGUACUGAUGCUGACUCCACUUCAGAUGCCACUUCCAUGUCUGAUGUUCUUCCUACUACACAAUUGGGUGGAAUUAGGAAACCUCCUUACAUAUGUAACUCUGUCAUCUGUUCCCCUUAUCCCUUACACAAAUACAUCUCCUACUCCAAACUCUCCUCAGCCUAUUUCAGACUUGCAGAACUUGAGGCUCUUAUUAAAAAUGAUACUUGGUUUAUUACUUUGCUACCUUUGGGCAAGAUUGCCAUUGGAUGCAAUUACAAGGCACGUUUAGUGGCCAAAGGUUACACACAACAAGCAAGGGUAGAUUUCAUUGAUAUUUUCUCCCCUGUAGCAAAGUUAGUCACUGUCAAGGUUAUGUUGUCACUUGAAGCUAUUUCAGGAUGGUCUCUAUGCCAUCUCGACAUUAACAAUGCUUUUCUCUAUGGUGAGUUGAGUGAAGACAUUUAUAUGGAGCUUCCUCCUGGUUUAGUUGAUGAGAGGAGUCAGCCCUAUCCUGCAGGGUCUGUUUGCAAGCUGAAACGCUCUCUUUAUGGCCUUAAACAAGCCUCACGACAGUGGUAUUUAAAAUUCUCUAAAGUUUUAGCCAAAUUUGGUCUUUGUCAAUCCACCGGUGAUCAUUCUUUCUUCUACAAGAAAUCACAAGGAAAAUUUCUUGGUCUCAUUGUCUAUGUUGAUGACAUUUUGCUCACAAGUAAUGAUGCUCGAAAUGACAAAGGGAUCUAUCUUUGUCAACGCAAGUAUGUUCUUGAUUUAUUGAAGGAUGCAGGGUUACUCAACUGCAGGCCUGCUUCUUCUCCGAUGGAAUCAGGAAAGCAUCUCAGCUUGAUUGAAGGAGCAGAGCUCCCUGAUCCCACUAAAUACCGCCGACUCAUUGGCGAUUGUUAUACUUAUGUUUGA